AUAAUGCUGUUCAAACGCUCAAUUAUCCCUCUCAUGACCUCAAGACUGUCAAGGUCUUUCGCGCCCCUCAGAGCAGCAUCCCAGGGAUCCGGAGCAGUGGUUGCCAAAGAAGACGAUAUUCCGGACGUAUAUGAGUUCAAAGAUGAAAACCAGGGAUGUCUUCCUUGUAAUUGGCCGGCUAAACCCUGUGAGUUUCAAAAUUUUACUGUAGUUAAAGAAGGAACGGAACCACGUGGGCCACAAAAAGAUUACCCGGAAUUGAAGUAUCAUAUGUCCUACGAUACCUCAAAAUAUAGACUGGGCAUGGUACCGGAAGCGUUUUUCAACUUCAUGCACGAGCGUACUGGUGUCUUGGGGCCCUAUAUGUUGCUUUGGGGAGGUGCAGUAACUCUGUUGUCGAAGGAGAUUUUGAUUUUCCAAGAAGAGUUCGGAGCUGUUCUGUCGUUCCUCACUGUCCCACCAAUGCUGGCUUAUUUAGUUGGCCCGAAGUUGGACAAAUAUUUCCGAACAAAAUACAAUGAGGAAAUGAUGGUUUUGGACAAAUUAAAGAAGAGUAAGAUUGAGCAGUUCUCGAACGAAGCCGACGCUCUCGAUGAAGACGCGGUCAGAGCAGAAGCUGGCAAAGAAAUCUUCCCGGCGUAUGCUGCGAACGCAGAAAACAUGGUUGAAGCUGAGUUCCGUCAACGACAGGAUCAAGUUUUUGAGGCGUUUAAGCGACGAAUGGAUUACCAAGUCGCUCUCCAAUCUUUGGAGGAGCAGGUAGUUCAGAAACAGAUGGUUUCCUGGGUGAAGCAGGAAGUUCACAAGACUAUUGACGCCAGGUCUCAGAAAGAAGGGAUAGCGCAAUGCUUGAAAGACUUGAAAGCCCUUGCCGCCACUAAUGUUACCAUUUAACCUGUAAAUCACAAGGACAGAAUUAAUCUGAAAAAGAAUGAUAGUAUUACACGAGGCUUGAAAUUGACAAAUAAUUGUUUAAAA